GAGGUGCCAGGCUCGAGUGUAUCUCGAUUACGUAGCGACUUGAAAGUUGUUCCCGCGGAUUGGCGAAAGCCGGCCAGCCAUAUGACCCGCUGCUUAUUCCACGGCUUCUGAAGCACUCUCGCCACCAGAAAGAUGGGGCCCCCUCCAACCUGGAUGUUUCUGGCGAGUGAUUGUGCGUGAUUGUACGUGAUUGUCGGCAAUGCACGAGCCGCCUCGAGGGUAUAUGAAACCCCCCCCUUUUCCCCUGACUUGUUUCUUUUCUUCUCUCUUCAUAUCACAUCAGACGCCAGCUUUGCAACACCACCAACAUCAAUCACAAGCAAGAUGGCGUACACCGAGCGACGAUCACAGACCCCCGCUCCCCCCAAGAGCAAGCGCAGGGGGUUCUUUAGAACCCUCUCCGCCGCCCGCAGCGCGCGGCACGAAGGGCGAAGGACCGCGGGCUAUGCCCGCACCUUCUCCCGGAGUGACCAGCCUCGGUCAUUGGGUCGCCGCCUCUCGGACUUGUACCGUGAGGAACGGCUGGUGAAGGAUGAGGCUGGGUGCACCUGGGCAACCCACAUUUUGUGGCGCGUCCUCGGUUCCCCGGACCUGACUCCCUUCGUGUGAUCAUUUUCGCUCUCGCA